AUGGCUGAAGAUCAAUCUCUAGAUGCAGCGGGCACUGGGUGUUGGGUUUCUCAUCGUCGCGGUGAUUUGGGCGGCAUAGAUGAAAUCACAUUGCAGUUUCAGAGGGUAUGUGAAUCCCCCGAAUUUCUCGAGAGACUUCGUGUCAAGGGAUUUGUAGAACCAACGUUCCAUCGAAACGAAGAGCUCGUGUGGGGCAAUCCUUGCUUUGACAAGUUUCGUUGUGCUGCUUCGUACAAAAAACCCUCGACUCGCUUAGGUUUGGUCUUUCAUGGGACAGACCAGCACAACCUUUCCAGCAUUUUGAAAACGGGAUUAAGUCCUGGAACGCGCUCUAAGCAAGCUUAUGGGCGCGGAGAGUAUUUUGCCAAGGACCCCAUUCUGGCAAACAAGUAUGCUCGUGGGGCUUUGCAGUUGCUAGUGUUUGUCGUAGUUCUGCCGCCGCAAAAAGAACACUGUCCAAAUGUGAUUGUGGUGGUCUCUCAAAAUGAUCAUCAGCUACCUAUUGGAAAAGUCACCUUUCAAUGCUUCAAUUCGAUGAAAUCGAAGCAAACUACGCCAGUACACCUUACAGCUUUCCUCUUGUUGUCAGCAGUCAUGAUCAUGGCGCUCGUGGCGCCAGAUUUUGAGCUUGGGAAGGCGCUUCUUCUAUUGUCUCCGUGA